UUCGUUCGUUCUCUCCGGCAGGGAGACGAGAGAGGAGGCAAAGCAGCAUGGAAGCAGUAUUGAACUUACCUCACCAGGUGGGUACGAUUGUCCUGGACACAACUGGCAAAGUUGUGAGCUCGUCUGGCGAACUCGCCGGCGACGACAGCAUCCCGAUGGUGGUGCAAAAUUUACUCUUGGAUUGUGGUGACCUGCGGUUUCUCAAAGGACGCCGACGUAACGACGAUGAAGACAAUGUCAACGACGACGAAGCACUCGAGCGAUUGACGAUCUCGUUCCCUGGCUACCAAUUCAUCGUGGCGUUUGACACCGAGCACACGUAUGUUGUCAAGCAAUCCGUGGACUCUGACGCCGACAGCGACUCGGGCCGACCCGGGCGUCCAUAGAAGCGAACUUUAUGAACGACAUGAAUGCACAUCGGCGAAAUCUAUCCCCUCUUUCAACACCCGUCCCAUGGUGUUCCCGACGCAUUCGGAGACACGUGAAACAGAAGCGAUCCCUACAGCGCCAGUUUGUUUUUGAGCAACGCCUUGUACCGCUCGUCGCGUUCGCUCAGUUGUUCUUUGCGCUGCUUCAUGCGAUACUCGAUCUUUUCUUGCUUACGCCGCUUCUCGGCGUUUUGAGCCGCGAGCAUGUCCAUCUUGCGGUGCGAGUUUGUCUUCUCCAGGUCGAGAAGCGCCUUCAACCGUUUCUCUUCCUCAAUUAUCACGCGCUUCUCGCGGCGCAGCGCUUCCAGAUCAGACGUUUCCUGGAGCGCUUUCAAUAUGAUGUCG